CUCGCCCCCCCCCCCCCCCCCACUCAUUCUUUCCCGCUGCCCUUUCGAAGUUCUUCAGCAAUGGCAUUAAAAGUACUGUAUGCCCUUGAUGCGGCAAAAAUACAGUAUUAUCACUUCAAAGCCAUCAUUAUUGCAGGCAUGGGCCUCUUCACUGAUGCCUAUGAUCUCUUUUGUAUCCCUCCAGUCAUGAGACUUCUUGGCCGUGUAUACUACGAGGACACACCUGGUCGAGACAAAUACCAAAUCCCACGAGUUGUUCUUGCUACCAUGUUAGGCACAGCCCUGCUGGGUACAGUGAUUGGUCAACUAGUCUUUGGUAGACUUGGUGACCGAAUGGGAAGGCGCCACGUAUACGGUAUCUCAUUGAUUCUCAUGGUUUUCAGCUCCAUUGGGUGCGGUUUCUCCUUCUGCCGGACCAAAACCUGUGUUCUUGUUAGUUUGGGGAUUUUCAGGUUUUUUCUGGGACUUGGGAUUGGUGGAGACUACCCUUUGUCGGCUACAAUCAUGUCUGAAUUUGCUAAUAAGAAGACACGUGGAGCUUUCAUAGCAGCUUUGUUUUCUAUGCAAGGGCUUGGGAUUUUGGCUAGUUCCAUGGUGACUAUGGUGGUAUCAAAGAUUUUUGAGGCUGCUGCUUCCAAGAAUUUGUCAAGGAAUCAUACACCAGAAGACGCUGACAUUGUUUGGAGGUUGAUUCUGAUACUCGGUGCCGUCCCGGCUGGACUCACAUAUUAUUGGCGCAUGAUGAUGCCUGAAACAGCCAGAUACACAGCUCUGGUGGAGAAUAAUGUCCUGCAAGCAACCAAGGACAUGGAGAAGGUCUUAGAUGUUUCAAUUAGCCGAAUAGCCGAAGAUGAUCUCAUAUAUCUGCAACAAGAUCCACCAUCUUAUUCCCUACUCUCCAAGCAGUUCUUCCGUCGCCACGGUGUUGAUCUCUUCUCCUGUGCCACCACGUGGUUGCUUCUUGACAUUGCUUUUUACAGUAGCAGCCUCUUCCAGUCCCAAAUUUACAGGAUGCAUCUUCACUUGGAAAACACCAACGUUUAUGAAGAAACUUUCAAAGUUGCUGUCUUCCAAGCCAUGGUAGCACUUGUUGCUGCAAUUCCAGGGUAUUGGUUCACUGUCUAUUUCAUUGAUCGUAUUGGUAGAAGAAAAAUCCAAAUGAUGGGAUUUCUCUGCAUGGGUAUAGUUUAUUUUGCAUUAGGAAUCCCAUACCACUAUUGGGGCAAACACGAAAAUAAAGGCUUCCUAUUCCUUUAUGGUCUAACUUUCUUCUUUGCAAAUUUUGGACCCAACACCACGACUUUUAUUGUGCCGGCAGAGCUUUUUCCGGCUAGAUUUAGAUCAACUUGCCAUGGAAUUUCUGGGGCAAUGGGGAAGGUAGGUGCUUUCUUUGGGACUCUUGGGUUCUUGUGGGCUUCAAACCAUAAUGACCCAGAUGAUCUUCCAAGAAUCGGACCAAUGAGAAUUGCUCUAGUAAGUUUGGGUGUGAUUUGUCUCUUGGGAAUGGCUGUGACAUACUUGUUCACGCGAGAAACUAAUGGGAGAUCAUUAGAGGAGAAUGAGAAUGAGGACGAAAAUACAGAGCUGUGCUUGUUCAGAUGUCAUAUGGAUGCUGAUCGCCACCCAAACCCAUCUGUUCCUCAAUAGGUUACUGCUCUGUAAGGAACUAAAUAUACACAAAUCCUGUAAAUGCUAGAGCUGGACAAGAAAAAACAGAUAGAUCACCUACAAUUUCUUCUGUUUCUUUUCUCUGUUCUUCCAGCUAGAUUUUGGCUGGUGUAUUAAUAUAUGUAGAAACCAUUUUGUUGAA